AUUUGCCAUCACGACUUAGACUAAUACAUAUAGAAGCUUAACUAUUCUGUACCAUAGUUAUGACACUGACAACAGUCCCUUUGAACAAGCUUCCACCGACAGCCCCAUUCCUCAAUUCCGUUUGUCCUGGGUUUACAACUUUGGAUGAUAAUGUGCAUUAUACCCUUAAUGAUUCGGAUAUAUCAUUGAAGAAUCAAGAGUUCUUAUGGCCAUUUUCAGAAUCAGCUACCGACACACACACUGCACAAUUGAAUAAGACUUAUUUGAACAUUAGUCGUCCCCCUAUUUCCAAGAAUGAAUCAAACACAUAUGUUUCUUUACCAAAUCACAUAACAAGCCUUUUUAAAUCAGUUGUUAGAAACAAUGAUAAGGGAAUGGAGGGCAAUUUACACAUAGGUGCCAAUAUUAAUCCUUUAAGUCAUGAUCCCUUUAGGAUUGUUAAUUUGAACCCUGGUUGUAUAACUAAGAUAAUACCUUUGCAUAAUCAUACCGAUGACAAAUUGAAACAACACCAACAACAAGACAAAACCAAGAAUAACCCUUUUAAUAAACUAACCACUAACUUCAACAGGUUAUUGAAUUUUGGGAAUGACAGGAAGGGUGCCAAUGAUAGAUUGUUUCAUAAGUUGCUAGAUAAGCCGAAUAAGCUUAUUCAAAAAGUGUCACAAAGUGAAGACUUUAUCCAACAACUACGAUCAGAUCAAGCUGAUAAACUUUUAGUAUCAAGUCAUGUUAAUGUCUUGAAUGUUUUUGCAUUAAGUCCAUCGUCAACAUUUACAAACACCAAGAAAGUUGUUGGUGAAAAACCUCCGUUGUUUACCCUGCAAGAGCUUCGAAGCGAAGAUGCAAACGAGCAACAGAAAGCUGCUGCUUUUGCAGCAACCGAAAUUGUUCCAAGAGUAAUCCAAGAACCAUUGUUGAGGGUGCAAUUCAAUAAAUCUGCAUUAAUUACAUCCAUGACGACAUUUGUUAAGUUUGAUAAGGAACCAACUAUUGUCUGUGGUUUUGAAUCCGGCGAACUAAUCAUGAUUCGAUUAUCAGAUUUAACCUAUCUGGUAUUUGAUGAUUUUGGGUUUGAACAAGAGACUCCAAGCCCCUUUACUCCUAAUGUAGCAGUUACCUCACUUGAAAUUAUUCAUCAUGUCAAUUACGACUGUUUGAUAGUUGCUGGGUUUUCAAAUGGUGAAGUUGUUAUUGUUGACCCGUAUCCGAGAGUACCCUCAGCCAAUGACGAAGUGCCGCCGACUAAUGCUACAUUCAUGACAACAAGUUCAUCGGAAGAAAAGAUCAAGAAAUCUGCAAGCGCAACUACUGGUUCCUACCGUAAGACGGAAAUUGGAAGUGAUUCUUAUAUCACCUAUUUUAAAAAGUUUGAUUUGAGUCCAAUAAAUAAGUUAAAUUUUGAAAAGUUGAACCAAAGUCAAGGAUAUCCAGUUUAUUUACUUGGUCACUUUAAGAUCAGCCAUAAGCCCAUCACCGCGAUUAGUUCGACAUUGGAAUACUCCAAACUGAUAAAUUUAGCUAAACCUGAAACACAACCUAUGAUUCUUGCUAUUGCUGCCAAUGAUGGGUUUGUUCGUUUUAUUGAUUUUGUAUUCACGUAUAAUUUAGAUUUUGGUGAUGAAACGAACAAAAACAAUCAUUCAAUAGUCACGGACAUAAUUUCCAACUAUUUCAAUGAUGGAAUAACUGAUGUUCAAUUCUCUCCUGAUUUUAAAUUUGUUUGCGUUGUUGGUAAAGGAGAUUUAAUUGAAACUUUCAAAAUGAGCUAUUAUAAUGUUAAUGGUUUACUUGCCAAAAAUACUGGGACAAGCAAUCAUGUAUCUACCACCAAUGUUGCAUCUACUGCAAACCCAGUAGCAGGGAGAAGAUCCAGAAGUGGAACUAUCAAUAGUCUUAGUUCAGGAGGACAGAUAGCAAAUCCAAUGUUUUUAUCAGCUGCAUAUCAUCCAUAUAAUACAUCAUCAGUAGCUAGUGUCGAUGCAUCUAGGAAUGAAAAUAGCCCUACUCCCAGAUUAAUUAAUUUCCCUUUGAAAGAAGUCUACCCUCCUAUGAUCAAAGAUAUUCAAAUUGUUGGUAGAUUCAAGGGACAUACAAACACAGUUAAAGCCAUUCAAUUUAUAAAAUCCGACGAUUCUUCAAAUAACCUGGUUUAUAAAUUGAUUAGUUGUGGAUAUGACGGAAAGACCAUUUUCUGGGAAUUUGACUAUAAGGCCUUGCCCAAGGUUAAGAAACCCAAAGAGAAGCCUUCACAACAACCAAUAACUAGAAGGAGAUCACUUUAUAAAAAACAUGUUAUUGGACCCAGAGUCACAGACCAACUUGAGAUUAUUGUUAGUAUCUACAAAUCACUUUUUGAUGUUCGGUUAAAACGUCAUUAUAGAAAUAUUUACAAGAAAUCUGGCAAUCAUCCAAGACAUGCUGCUAUUAUUUCGCCAAUUGUUAAUGAUAAGUUGGUCCCAUCGAUUGAAAUUCCCCUUGCAAGUGUUGAUUUAUCUGGAAUUGUAUACGAUGGGAAAAUUGAUGGAUUCUACAUUGACCAGUAUACAUUUUGGGUGUUUGCGAAAAAUGGAGAUUUAUUUACUUAUACAAUUGUUUAAAUAAUAUAGAUUUGGUCUCUACUACUUAUUAAGUUGGUGAAAAUUAAAAUUAAAAGUCGAAAGUAAAAAAUGUUUUUAUUGAAAUGUAGAAUUGAAGAGCCUGGAGCCAUCCAAUCCAAACCCUAAAUCUUCUUCUAAUCGCAUGUAAUCAUUCCCAGAUGGUGUUGCUUGGGUUAGAUUCUGAUACAAUUGAUCAUCGACAAGUUCAGGAUUAGAUACAUUAGUCAUGGUUGGUUCUAAAUUGGAAAAGGCAAACUCGUCCAAUUCUUGUGGCUUUGGAAUUUGAUAAUAUUGAUUCUCAGUUAGUUGCAGAGGAUCAGUAUUAACCACCGCAGUUGUGUUUGGAUUUUGUGAAUGUGCCGAAUUAAGAUAAUCAUAAGGUGCGGGAGUUUGGGAAAUAUCCAUGGCUUCAAAUUGUUGUCGUUGUUCUUGUAAAUGGGCUUCCCGGGCUUGUUGUUGUAAAAUGGCUUGUUUAACUUCAUGUUCACGUUGAAGCCUUUCUUGUUCUUCUUGUUGUUGUUGUUGUUUCUGUUGGAUUUGUAAUUGUAAUUGAAUUUGUUGCUGUUCUUCAAUUGGUUUUCUAACAAAUUCUCGGAAAUUCUUGACUUCUUCAAUUAUUAAUUGUUUCAUAUCUUCAAUUGAAUCAACUGUUUCAAAUGACUUGAAAUCGAAUUUAACUUGACAUUCAGGUUCAUCGCGUGGAUCAUGCCAGACUUCUAAAUAUGGAUGGUUAAGAGCAUCUUCAACACUAAUACGUUCGCUUGGAUCCAAUGCCAACAUCUUCUCUAAUAAAUCUAACGCUAAUGGAUUGGCAUUAGGGAAUAGUUGUUUAUAACUAACCUUUCUCAUAAUUGGUAACGAUCUGACAUAAUUUUGAGCACGAUGAGACCCAAUUCUGGUUAAAGUAGCUUCCGGUGGAGUGCCCAAUAUCAACAAGAUUUGAUUCAAUUGAUCAACGUAAUCUUUACCUCUGAAUAUUGGUUUACCUCCCAAUAACUCUGCCAAAAUACAUCCAACUGACCAGAUAUCAAUUGCUUUGGUAUAUGAAGAAAAACUCAACAUGAUUUCAGGAGCUCUAUACCAUCUAGUGGCAACAUAUUCAGUCAUGAACCCCGAGUUUUGUUCUGGAUUUUCCAGAAAUCCUCUUGCUAAUCCAAAAUCGCAAAUUUUCAAUUCACAAUCAGCAUUAACUAAUAAAUUUCCUGGUUUCAAAUCACGAUGUAACACAUCGGCCGAAUGAAUAUAUUUCAAUCCGCACAACACUUGAUAUAUGAAUGAUUGGUAAUGCAGAUCAGUUAAAGGUUGUCCCGAUCUUAUGAUUUGAUGCAUGUCACAUUCCAUCAACUCUUCAUAAAGGUAGAUUUCGUUGAAUUCACCAGUCAAAGGGUUGGGGAUGAUAUCCAAGUCAUAUAAACAUGUGAUAUUUUUGUGACCUCUAAAGAAUUGUAAUAGUUUUAAUUCUCGUAAGGAGCGUUUGCAAAGGAUCUUUUUGCUAAAAAUAUUAGUGAUCUUCUUAAUUGCAACAUAUGAGCCAUCACUGGAUGAACUAUUAUUAGAAGAGUCUGUGGUUGUAGUGGAUGUUCCAUCAUCAUAUUUUGCUGAACAAACUAUACCAUAGGCACCAUGACCCAAUUCCUUUACUAUCUUGAAUCUGCGAUCAAUUAUGAAUUCUUGGUUAUAGACUUUGUUAACGGUACGUCCGUAGUAGAUAGGAGCAGCUGCCCCGGUGUCAUCUGUUUUGCUAGACAUGGUUUAUGUUCUAUAAGAUGCAAAAAAAUUUGUGUGCUUUGUGUGAGAUUUUGUGAGUAAGAAAAAUCAGUUCUUCAAAUAAUGAGGUGAUGUGGAGAUGCUUGUGUGAUCUGAAUGUAAUGCACGAUCUGGAACCAGGGCCUGUGUGGUAGGUGUGAGUGUAAAGAUGUGUCAACAAAAAAAGGCUAAACGCAAAACUGAUUGUCGCAAUGGCUUUGUGUUGUCAAUUAAUGAUGACUUUGGUUUGUUUGAAAAAAAAGUAAGGGAUGAUUAUUUAAAGGCGGAGUGACAGCAAAUCAAAAGAAAGGCGCGGACUGAGGGUGGUUGUGUGUGCAAGUGUGAUCAGCCAGGGCGGGCGGUAGAAAAAUUUUGGUAGUGAUUAAAGGUCAGCAAAAAAAUUAACCCCGUAGUAAAUUUAAUUACCUUAAGAUUUCAACGAGUGAUUUAUUUCAAAUUAAAAUGUCACAAGUUUCGUGUGGGAAUUUUUUUCAGAGUCAAACUGUCCUUUUAUAUUUCAAGCUGGACAAACCCCCCCCCCCACCACCCACCUGUUAGUACUUUUCAGUUUCCCCCAACUGGCUUAGGAUAUUUUUAGAGUCGAAAAUUUUUCAAUUGUAAUUACGAGUGAAUUGUUAAGAUUUGGACGCGAGCAAAAUUUAUUUUUAGAAACUUCUUUUUUUACUUUUUAGCACGAAAUAAUGCAGUAUUCUGUUUCUAAUUUAGGUUGUUUUUUUUUUUUGCAACAAAGUACUUGGAAUUGAUUGGUGGUAGAUCCUGGAAUUGCUGAUCAUCUCGGUAAGAUUAACAUAUUUGGACAAUUUUACGCGAUCCUGUCAGGGGUUAUAUUAUGUGUUUCUAUAGGAACUACCAAACAGUACAUUUUAGCAACAAGAUGCCUAGAUCUACUUCAUUUCGUCCGAACUUUAUACUAGCUACUACUUCAUCUUUCUUUAUCACGUUCAAUUUUACAAAGUCAAAUCUAAAAAUAGCCUACUCGAUAGCAAUUCGUAAAUAAACGGCAUAAUGUGUUCCGAUUACGUCAUAAACUACUUGUCUUUAAAUUUUUUUUUUUGCUUUGUUCAAUUUUGUUUCGAUAUAUGCUAUAAAUAAACGAGAUUUGAAAUUUGACAAACGGCUUCAUUUAUUUUAACUUGAUACGACAAAUCUAUUAGUAAAUGCUUACUAAUCUGGAAUCAACUUAAAUACCCAUUACUCUUAAAGUAUUUGGUCAAUUGACCCAAACCUUGUUUGAUAUCGUCACUACUAUUUCCAAAACCAACUCUAAUGUAUCCUCUUUUGUUGUCGAAUACUUCGCCAGGAACAACCAAUGUCUCGAAUUGUUCAACUAAUUCUACACACAUCUUCAUUGUAUCAAUACCUUCGAUGUUUACUUUGAUAAAACAAGUAGAGCCACCUUUGGGUCUCACCCAUGAUAAUAAGUCAGUGUUGUCGAUAUAAUCUUGAAGGAUCUGUAGAUUUGUUGUGCAAAUCUCAUAACUCCUUUUAAGUAUAGUCUUAUAAUUUUCUAACGCAACUGUUGCCAAUAAAUCAUCAAUAAUUGAAACAGAAAUAGUAUUAUAGUCACGUUUAGAAUAUAAUCCAUUGAUAACAUUACUGUCUUUAGUCACAAUCCAUCCCAAUCUUAAUCCAGCCAACAGGAAUGCUUUACUGGUAGAAGAAGUGGAAAUUGUUUUGGUAUAUCCAUAACUAACCACAGAUUUAGGAAUAUUAUCCGAAAUUGAAUGAUAUAAAGGACGAUAUACUUCAUCACAAAGCAAAUACAUAUCACUUUGAGAGCAAAUCUUAACUAUUUGCUUCAUAAUAUCAUCACCCCAUACAACCCCAGUUGGAUUAUUAGGAUUAUUGAUAAUCAACAACUUAGGUGAAUGUUUGGCGACCAAUUCCUUCAAUUGAUCAAGAUCGGGUAAGUAAUGAUUUUCAAAAUUUAAAUCCCAACUAAUGAUAUUUUCAGCUUUUCCGGAGAAUGCUUGCGAAACUGACAGUAAUUGUUGAUAUGUUGGAUUAACAACAAUAACUUUAUCAUCAGCAUCGACCAAGGAAUAAAGAGUUAAGAAAUUAGCACCAAUUGCCCCAUUUGUAAUGACGAUAUCCUCUGGAGUAAUACUACCUCCAUCUGAACUAUAAAUAUUGGCGAUUGCUUGUUUUAAUUCGGGAGAUCCUCUAAUAUGACCAUAUGUUAAUUUAGUGUUUAAGAUCUUUUCUGUCAAUACUUUAACAUUUGAGUCACCAGCAAUUAACCCAAACAACUGGUUAAAACUAAGCGAAUCAACGCAUGUUUCUGCCAUGUUAUACUUAAUUUUAGUUUCAUAUUUAUCCAUGAAUUGCUCUACGGCAAAAUCUUCUUGCUUGACCAUUUUGCAUUAAAUGAAGCUCAGUGUUUUACAAUCUCCCCCACUAAAUUUCAUGAGCAUUUAUGAUGGAUGGCGCGAACCCCCAGUAAAACGGAAUUUUUAACCGAAAAAAUGCAUUCUUUUUUGGGAAAUAUUUUUCCAUGACUACUCGUCAGAUCGAAUCUUGAAACAGUUUCAAAAUAAGAUCGUUUCAACGCCUGAAACAACUUUAUGGUUGACUAGUGGCCGCAUUAUCAGUUGGCUGAAUUUCAUAGCCAACUGCAAUCAUCUGUUUUCAGAAUUACAUAUUUCUCCUUUCUGCCGAUAUUUUGUAGAAUUUCUUGGAAUAUAACAUAUUCUUAUUUAAUAAUAAUUGAAAAGGUACCUUCACCCCUCUUAUUCUACAAAGAGAAUAAACAAUAGUUAAAGUC